ACUCCGCCUUAGCCGUGACGUUGUUGCCGUGGUCUGCUGUAGAAGGUCAGGGCCGAAGAACCCGGAAUCUGAGGGAGAGCGUAGCACUUGUGAGCUGAGCCGGGGCCUUGUCUUGUGUUGGGGAGUGUUAUAGAGGCGGACAUGGACUGCUGCGCUCAUUGCUUCACGGGACAGUAUGAAGCUCCGGCCGUCUUAUGAGCGGAAAUGUAGCAGUGAGGCCAGCAAUUCAGAAGAUCAGAAUACCCUAACCAUGCAGGCAAGUUCUGGACAUGCUCAUCAGGCGGGAAAUAUCAACGGUUCCUCGGCUAGUCUUUCUCUUCCCACUGUUCGUUCACCAGCAGAAGGUUCCUGCAAUGCUGGAGAAGUGGUAAUAAAUCUCCGCCCUGCAAAUUCUGAGGGUGAAGGAAGGCCUGGCUCUCGACAUACCAGACCAACCAUACGUUUACACAGUCGGCAUGGUCAUACACACUCGAAUUCCAAUGACACGACUGGGCAAGAUGAUCCAAAUAAUACAGACAAUAGAGAAAACGGCAACAGUAUCUCAGAAGUCCUGCAUGUCUACCAGUGGCUGAGUAAAAGCUUUCCAUAUAUAUUAAUAUUUAGUGCCAAACUUCUCGUUCAGCACUUAACAGGCAUUUCUGUUGGAAUUGGUCUGCUAACAACUUUUCUCUAUGCAAACAAAUGCAUUGUAAAUCAGGUUUUUCUAAGAGAUAAGUGUUCCAAAAUUCAGUGCAUUUGGCUGCUGUUUUAUUUAUCUGGUUGCUCAGUCCUUUUGUAUUACAUAUUUUCUUCUCAGGCACUUUAUUACAGCUUGAUUUUUUUGAACCCCACUAUUGGACCUUUACAAUUCUGGGAUGUCUUGUGGGUUGUUGGUAUCACAGAUUUUAUUGUGAAAUUUAUCUUUAUGGGCCUCAAGUGUUUGGUCCUGCUGGUGCCUUCAUUUAUUAUGUCACAUAAAUGCAAGGGCUAUUGGUACAUGUGCUUAGAAGAAAUUGCACAGUAUUAUUGUAUGCUUGUGUCAACACCAGUAUGGUUCCGUUAUUUGAUUGAUUAUGGGGCCCAGACCAGUGGAGCAGAAUGGCAUUUUGGUGUUUUGUUGGCUUUGCUCUACCUCAUCAUAAAACUUUUUGUGGUUUUUGGACAAUGGAAAGCAUCUGCGGAUAUCUUGCGACUGUUUUGUACUCAGCCUAGUUAUGGAGCAGCUGCAUCUAACCGGCAAUGUUCAGAAGUUGAUGACAUCUGUGCAAUCUGUCAGGCUGAAUUUAAAAAGCCAACAGUACUUCUGUGUCAGCAUAUAUUCUGUCAAGAAUGCAUCUCACUGUGGCUCAAUAGAGAGAAGACAUGCCCAAUGUGCCGCACUGCCAUUUCUAGCCAUAUCCACAAGUGGAAAGAUGGCGCCACAUCGCUACAGCUACGCCUCUUCUAGUCUUCCUCUGCUGUGCUCUGACUGCUGAACACAAUUUCAUCUUCUCAUUAGAUUGAUUGUUUUACCAAAAACGUGUUUUAAAUCAACAUUAUUUUUUCUUUUAGAAGGGCUAGAUAUUUUUGAUGUAAACU